AUGACCGGAGCUCCAUGGCUUAUUUUCGACCAUUAUCUCUCAGUCAAGCCUUGGACGCCAGAUUUUGUUGCUGCUAAUUCCAAAAUUAAUACCACUAUGGUUUGGAUCCGCAUUCCAGGUCUAGGGUUACAAUUCUACAAGAAGAAUAUCCUGAUGACCAUGGCCAAAGGAGUUGACACCCAUAUUAAAGUGGACCUGAACACGGUGGAUAUGCAUAAGGGGCGGUUUGCUCGCAUAUGCGUUGAGAUUGAUCUUGAUCAGCCUGUGGUUGGAAGAAUCCGACUGCGUGGGACUUGGUAUAAUGUGGAAUAUGAGGGAUUUCACCUCCUCUGUGCGAGGUGCGGUUGCUAUGGGAAUAUGAGCAGAAACUGUGAGACUCCGGCACCGUCUGUGGUGAGGCCGGAAAGCACUACUUUGGGUAUUGCGACGGCGGCGACAGCAAACCAAGUGCCACCCAUCCAUGCAACGACCCAGGAAACCCUAGCUCCUUCACCGUCAGAGUCGGUGGCUCCCCCCAACCCAUCAGGCGGGAAUCAAGGAGGUAUUAAAGCGGGUGAUAAAUCCCCUGAGCUGGCGCAUGGCGAGUGGCUUACGGUUACGAGGAAGAAGCGUCCAUCACAGGGGAGUAAUAAUGAGAGGGCCCACAAUAUCCAGAAAGAGAGGAAAUCCCUUGCUCCUCCAGUUUUCUCGUUUGGUGCAGAUCCUUCACAGUUACCUAAUCGCAAGAGACCCCGUAAUGUGGGAGUGGGCCAGGCAGGAGUAGUCAAGAACAAUGUUAGGCCCACUAAGCAGUAG